UACAGUAGUAUACUCCGUCUAUGUAAGUCGCUUUUUACUCUGUGGUUGGGUCCAUGGUAAAAGGAAUGUUAUUGUAGAAUAUCAUACGAAGGAACUAUGGAUGUACGACCAAGAUAGGUUGUCACAGCAGCUAUUGACUGUCGUAAUCGUAUCCUUUACUAAUGGUCCACUUUAUGGGGAUGUACUCCGAUGCGCAAAACAUCAAAUCGGGAUACCUCGAUGAGAUGUUUGAUGCUGGAACAUGGAAGGUGCGCAAUAUUUGGGAUGGGGUAAAGCUGGAGGUUGGAGAGGACGAAAGCCCGGUGGUCCUUCACAGUUUUACCCAUUUGGACCCUGAACUACCACUAUUUGAGGUAACCCAGUGAGCUGUGCGUAAAGAACUCUCCAUCAAUACUGAGUCAGUAAUUAUAGGCUCAUGUCCUAUAGCUAGUGUCACUAAACUGAACAUGUGGAGUGUGGUAGUAUCCUAUUGAUUUGACUCUUAUCAAAAUGUAUAACAUGUAGGCCUACUGAAGUUCAUAGUGAUGUUUCAGAGUUUCUAUAUGGCUGCUAUCUGCUGAUGUUCAAUAUUGGCCUUAUAGGCAUAUGGAGAAAGUGUAAAGAAGUACGAAUACUUCAGCAUAUAUUAUACUAUGGGUCUGUACCUUUAACAGUUGUUUUUCACUGAGAAGUUGCCGCAAAUAAAGCAAUGGGGAUGACUAAUCAAAUUGGUUGGCCUUGCAUAAUGCCUCCUUCGAUCAGAGGAGAUCAGAUGAGGACAAGAGCUUAAUUGAUACAGUGACUUUGAAUGUUGUUAGUUGUUACAUCAGAUCAAGAAUUGGCAGGCAAAACAUCUGUAAUUCUGGGAUAGUGCUUAUACAACCCGUGUGUGUGUGUGUGUGUGUGUGUGUGUGUGCUGUAUGUUACCAGUAACACCACCUUCUGGCAUGCAUGUUUCUAAAUAUGUUCAAUAUCCUUCUGAAGAAUAAAUGCCGCCUUAAGAGUUUCACCAAGCUUGUGAAACUAAAGGCUGGAACUCAAACGCUCCAUUGUUAUUAAAGACAGUAUGUUUCCAUCAUUUGUACAUGUAACAAGCUUAGAGAGGGCAAUUCUGUCUCCACUCCUACAUGUACUAACCCUCUCUCUCUCUCCUCUAAUCUAAUCCUCUCCAGUAACACAAUUACCUAAUGCUUAAUCCCCCUCGCCACUACAAUCACAGCCAUUCUUUUCCUUCAGCUGAGAAAGCAUGGUGAAUGUACAGUAUUGGAAUUCAAUGGUUCAGUUGUGUACAAAGAAACUCUGUACACUGAAAUUAAUUUGACACUUCAGCCAAUGGCCGUUGAUCGCUUUAGUGCCCCUAUAGCCCCUGUAAUCCCUAUACAGUUAUACAUCCUUGAGCAGAAACUGUGGUCCUUCACAGUUUUACCCAUUUGGACCCUGAACUACCACUAUUUGAGGUAAGCCAGUGAGCUGUGCGUAAAGAACUCUCCAUCAAUACUGAGUCAGUAAUUAUAGGCUCAUGUCCUAUAGCUAGUGUCACUAAACUGAACAUGUGGGGUGUGGUAGUAUCCUAGUGAUUUGACUCUUAUCAAAAUGUAUAACAUGUAGGCCUACUGAAGUUCAUAGUGAUGUUUCAGAGUUUCUAUAUGGCUGCUAUCUGCUGAUGCUCAAUAUUGGCCUUAUAGGCAUAUGGGGAAAGUGUAAAGAAGUACGAAUACUUCAGCAUAUAUUAUACUAUGGGUCUGUACCUUUAACAGUUGUUUUUCACUGAGAAGUUGCUGCAAAGAAAGCAAUGGGGAUGACUAAUCAAAUUGGUUGGCCUUGCAUAAUGCCUCCUUCGAUCAGAGGAGAUCAGAUGAGGACAAGAGCUUAAUUGAUACAGUGACAUUGAAUGUUGUUAGUUGUUACAUCAGAUCAAGAAUUGGCAGGCAAAACAUCUGUAAUUCUGGGAUAGUGCUUAUACAACCUGUGUGUGUGUGUGUGUGUGUGUGUGUGUGUGUGUGUGUGUGUGCUGUAUGUUACCAGUAACACCACCUUCUGGCAUGCAUGUUUCUAAAUAUGUUCAAUAUCAUUCUGAAGAAUAAAUGCUGCCUUAAGAGUUUCACCAAGCUUGUGAAACUAAAGGCUGGAACUCAAACGCUCCAUUGUUAUUAAAGACAGUAUGUUUCCAUCAUUUGUACAUGUAACAAGCUUAGAGAGGGCAAUUCAGUCUCCACUCCUACAUGUACUAACCCUCUCUCUCUCUCCUCUAAUCUAAUCCCCUCCAGUAACACAAUUACCUAAUGCUUAAUCCCCCUCGCCACUACAAUCACAGCCAUUCUUUUCCUUCAGCUGAGAAAGCAUGGUGAAUGUACAGUAUUGGAAUUCAAUGGUUCAGUUGUGUACAAAGAAACUCAGUACACUGAAAUUAAUUUGACACUUCAGCCAAUGGCCAUUGAUCGCUUUAGUGCCCCUAUAGCCCCUGUAUUCCCUAUACAGUUAUACAUCCUUGAGCUGAAACAGUGGUGUAGUGAGAGUCUGUAGAUAACUCGGUCUAUCUCAGGAGUGCUGUGUCACAGGCUUGGCAUAAGAUUGAAACUGUUAUAGUCACUCUGUCAUCUGAAAUAUUAAAUUACUGAUAGUGGUACAACCAAGGGUAGAGAGGAGGAGCCACUUUGUCUUGUGGAUGAUGUCAUCACUCUGUAUAAGUGUGUCCUUCCUUUGGCCCUAGUCCAUUAGCCAUGAUGCAUAGUCUUCUAGCCAAUAUAUUGUUAUGAUGAUAAAGUACUGCACUUUUAUUUCAGUUUUGAGUUUAUUAGGGCAAUCGAAGUGAUUAAACUGGUUAUACUGGCACAAAUUCUCCUUGGUAAAAGAUGGCGGACCAAAAUUGAAAAGUGUUAUUGUUAAUCAUGCAAUAAUUAAAAUAUUAGGGCUUAGGAAUUUAAAGAGUAUUUCUACAUAUGUGGUAGUGAACAAAUUGGACAUAUAAUUUGUCAAACAAAUAAGUCAAUAGCAAAUCAUAUUCUCCCUCUGAAUAGUUAAUUACAUACUUGGUUGUUGUUUUGUGUGUGUUUUGAUGUCUAUGGGACAUUUUCUGCAAAGUUUGUGUAACUUGUGUGGAUAUUUGUGAUUAUAGUUAAGAUUAUGCUCUAGAAAAAAUUAUCUGAAGCUGUACAUGGAUGUUUUAUGGAUGGGAUGCAUAGUACAUAGAUGAGAACAUGAAUAUGACCACUCAUUGUUGACUUGCAUUGACAGAAAAAGUUCCCCAAUGAAGUUUUCAUUCGGACACAGUAUUGCAUAAAAAGUGAGCUUGCGAAAUGGAACCAAUUCAAAUGUUGCAGUUGUUGUGGUUACAGAGAGGUCCCUGGCCUGCCCAUUAAAGGCUAGUUUUCAUUCUUUCGUUUUUGAUGGUCUUUCCAGUUAGAUUUCGCUUUCUGAUAAACUGAUGAGUCUCCUUUCCUUUCUUCCCUAUUAGAGAUUUCCCACCAUUGUCUAGUAUAUCGUGUCAUCAUCACACCCUUGUGGGGUGGCAGGUAGCUUAGUGGUUAAGAGCGUUGUACCAGUAAUCGAAAGGUCGCUGGUUCUAAUCCCUGAGCCGACUCUGUGAAAAAUCUGUCAAUGUGCCCUAUGAGCAAGGCACUUAACCCUACUUGCUCAUGUAAGUCGCUCUGGAUAAGAGUGUCUGCUAAAUAAUACAAUUAUCAUAUGAACGAGUACUCACAGAUUUAAAAAGGCUUCUGAAAUUUCAGACUUGAUUUUCCCUUACAAAAAUGUCCAUUAAUUACAAUCCACAUAAUAAUUAACAUUUCCUGUUGCUGCAGGAUUAUUUUCCUGCUGUAGCAAACUGGCUCGAAUUAAGAUCCUACAUCUAUAUAUUGUAUGUGUGUGAUGAUUGGCUCUUUUUGUGUUAGAACUACAGAAAAGUGGAAUUGAGACCAAAGGUACACUACUAGGGCUUCCCAUGCCACCUCUGUCUCUGACUAAGCUAUGAAUCAGGCAGAGAGGGGAUACGACUGGUUAAGGCUAAAUGGGGGAAGCUGUUCUCGUUACUUAUGCCCUGUUCCUGUGGCUCUCUGGGAGUUUCCUCUUGUUUCCAUGGUAACCUGGUGUCUGGAGGCCUCGGAGAGUCCCCUGACUUUUCCGCAGUUGUAAAUAGGUCAUGUGAGGCACAGCCAGACCACAGGCAACCACAGUUCAUCACUGUAUACACAUACACUGACUACACAAAUAGAGUUUUCCAUACAAACGUAAUGUUAUCUAAACCCUUUAAUCUACAUUUACAGUACGAUUAUGGUUUCUUUCUUCUUUUCAUUCAUUCAUUAUUCAAGACCUGGUGGAUCUGAAUAGCACUGAUUUGAGGCCAUGUUCCAUGAACAUACAGUGGCUUGCGAAAGUAUUCACCCCUCUUAGCAUGUUUCCUAUUUUGUUGCCUUACAACCUGGAAUUAAAAUUGAUUUUUGGGAGGUUUGUAUCAUUUGAUUUACACAACAUGCCUACCACUUUGAAGAUGCAAAAUAUGUUUUAUUGUGAAACAAACAAGAAAUAAGACAAAAAAACAGAAAACUUGAGCGUGCAUAACACCCCCCGUCCAAAGUCAAUACUUUGUAGAGCCACCUUUUGCAGCAAUUACAGCUGAAAGUCUCUUGGGGUAUGUCUCUAUAAGCUUGGCACAUCUAGCCACUGGGAGCCUCAAGCUCCUUCAAGUUGGAUGGGUUCUGCUGGUGGACAGCAAUCUUUAAGUUAUACCUGUGAUGAGGUGGUGUUGAAGGAGUCAGGCGCAGGAGGGGAAAUCACAGAAUAACAGGCAUUAAUCCGCAAAAUAAAGGUUUAUGCAGAAAUGCCUCAAACACACUCCAAGACAUUUAAAUAUUUCCCCUUAAACCACUCGAGUGUUGCUUUAGCAGUAUGCUUAGGGUCAUUGUCCUGCUGGAAAGUGAACCUCCGUCCCAGUCUCAAAUCUCUGGAAGACUGAAACAGGUUUCCCUCAAGAAUUUCCCUGUCUUUAGCGCCAUCCAUCAUUCCUUAAAUUCUGACCAGUUUCCCAGUCCCUGCCGAUGGAAAAACAUCCCCACAUCAUGAUGCUGCCACCACCAUGCUUCACUGUGGGCAUGGUGUUCUCGGGGUGAUGAGAGGUGUUGGGUUUGCGCCAGACAUAGUGUUUUCCUUGAUGGCCAAAAAGCUCAAUUUUAGUCUCAUCUGACCAGAGUACCUUCUUCCAUAUGUUUAGGGAGUCUCCUACAUGCCUUUUGGCGAACACCAAACGUGUUUGCUUAUUUUUUUCUUUAAGCGAUGGCUUUUUUCUGGCCACUCUUCUGUAAAGCCCAGCUCUGUGGAGUGUACGGCUUAAAGUGGUCCUAUGGACAGAUACUCCAAUCUCAGCUGUGGAGCUUUGCAGCUCCUUCAGGGUUAACUUUGGUCUCUUUGUUGCCUCUCGGAUUAAUGCCCUCCUUGCCUGGUUCAUGAGUUUUGGCAGGUUUGUUGUAGUGCCAUAUUCUUUCAAUUUUUUAAUAAUGGAUUUAAUGGUGCUCUGUGGGAUGUUCAAAGUUUCUGAUAUGUUUUUAUAACCCUGAUCUGUACUUCUCCAUAACUUUGUCCCUGACCUGUUUGGAGAGCUCCAUGGUCUUCAUGGUGCCGCUUGCUUGGUGGUGCCCCUUGCUUAGGGGUGUUGCAGACUCUGGGGCCUUUCAGAACAGGUGUAUAUAUACUGAGAUCAUGUGACAGAUCAUGUGACACUUAGAUUGCGCACAGGUGGACUUUAUUUAACUGAAGGUAAUGGUUGCACCAGAUUUUAUUUAGGGGCUUCAUAGCAAAGGGUGUGAAUACAUAUGCACGCACCACUUUUCCGUUAUUUAUUUUUUGAAACAAGUUAUUUUUUUCAUUUCACUUCACCAAUUUGGACUAUUUUGUGUAUGUCCAUUACAUGAAAUCCAAAUAAAAAUAAAUUUAAAUUACAGGUUGUAAUGCAACAAAAUAGGAAAAACGCCAAGGGGGAUGAAUACUUUUUGCAAGGCACUGUAGAGAGUGAAAGGUUGCCCUUAUGUUAAGAUCAGGUCUGUGUUCCAUUGGAUUUAGAUUGAUAAGCCAGCAGCAUUUCUGUGUGGCUCAGCUGAUAAGGGCUACUCUCACUGUCAAGUCCAAUGCUUGUGUGCUCAGCCUCUGCCAUACAAACAUGUAACAACUGAUUUGUAACAACAUACAGUAAACACUUCUGUUCAAAAAUAGGUUGCAUCAGUGUUAGUAUGAAUAUAGCACUUGAACUGGAAAUUCAGCUGCUCCACUCCAUGGAAACCAAGCCAAACAGAGCAGCUGUGUGAUUGAAGGUGAGAGAGUACAGAGUAGGCUAUGACUAACAGCAGAUGUAUGAGAGAGGCGCUGCUGUAUAUCUAGCUACUGAAAGGUUCUGAUUAAUAAUGUGUGACAGAUACACAAGUAAGGGUGUGACUAAUGUCUGUGGCAUGCUAGAUUACUGUACAUACCAGUCCCCCAUAGAGGUCGGAAGCCAAAAAGUGAUUAAACCGAUGUUGCUUGGCUGGGUCAAGUGCCUGGGAUGCUCACUGUAAAGUCCUAAAAUGUAAUGUAAAUGUAUUCUGCUACAUGUAGUGGUUAUGUCAGACUGUGUGAGUAUAAAUGACCGUUACUGUUUACAUCAUUCUGGGUUGGAGAGCUGGAGAAAAAAACUAAUGGUGACAGUACUCAACAACAGUGAACUGCGUGGGGAAAAAAGUAUUUAGUCAGCCACCAAUUGUGCAAGUUCUCCCACUUAAAAAGAUGAGAGAGGCCUGUAAUUUUCAUCAUAGGUACACGUCAACUAUGACAGACAAAUUGAGAAAAAAAAUUCCAGAAAAUCACAUUCUAGGAUUUUUAAUGAAUUUAUUUGCAAAUUAUGGUGGAAAAUAAGUAUUUGGUCACCUACAAACAAGCAAGAUUUCUGGCUCUCACAGACCUGUAACUUCUUCUUUAAGAGGCUCCUCUGUCCUCCACUCGUUACCUGUAUUAAUGGCACCUGUUUGAACUUGUUAUCAGUAUAAAAGACACCUGUCCACAACCUCAAACAGUCACACUCCAAACUCCACUAUGGCCAAGACCAAAGAGCUGUCAAAGGACACCAGAAACAAAAUUGUAGACCUGCACCAGGCUGGGAAGACUGAAUCUGCAAUAGGUAAGCAGCUUGGUUUGAAGAAAUCAACUGUGGGAGCAAUUAUUAGGAAAUGGAAGACAUACAAGACCACUGAUAAUCUCCCUCGAUCUGGGGCUCCACGCAAGAUCUCACCCCGUGGGGUCAAAAUGAUCACAAGAACGGUGAGCAAAAAUCCCAGAACCACACGGGGGGACCUAGUGAAUGACCUGCAGAGAGCUGGGACCAAAGUAACAAAGCCUACCAUCAGUAACACACUACGUCGCCAGGGACUCAAAUCCUGCAGUGCCAGACGUGUCCCCCUGCUUAAGCCAGUACAUGUCCAGGCCCGUCUGAAGUUUGCUAGAGUGCAUUUGGAUGAUCCAGAAGAGGAUUGGGAGAAUGUCAUAUGGUCAGAUGAAACCAAAAUAGAACAUUUUGGUAAAAACUCAACUCGUCAUGUUUGGAGGACAAAGAAUGCUGAGUUGCAUCCAAAGAACACCAUACCUACUGUGAAGCAUGGGGGUGGAAACAUCAUGCUUUGGGGCUGUUUUUCUGCAAAGGGACCAUGACAACUGAUCUGUGUAAAGGAAAGAAUGAAUGGGGCCAUGUAUCGUGAGAUUUUGAGUGAAAACCUCCUUCCAUCAGCAAGGGCAUUGAAGAUGAAAUGUGGCUGGGUCUUUCAGCAUGACAAUGUUCCUAAACACACCGCCCGGGCAACGAAGGAGUGGCUUCGUAAGAAGCAUUUCAAGGUCCUGGAGUGGCCUAGCCAGUCUCCAGAUCUCAACCCCAUAGAAAAUCUUUGGAGGGAGUUGAAAGUCUGUGUUGCCCAGCGACAGCCCCAAAACAUCACUGCUCUAGAGGAGAUCUGCAUGGAGGAAUGGGCCAAAAUACCAGCAACAGUGUGUGAAAACCUUGUGAAGACUUACAGAAAACGUGUCAUUGCCAACAAAGGGUAUAUAACAAAGUAUUGAGAAACUUUUGUUAUUGACCAAAUACUUAUUUUCCACCAUAAUUUGCAAAUAAAUUCAUUACAAAUCCUACAAUGUGAUUUUCUGGAAAAAAAAAUCUCAUUUUGUCUGUCAUAGUUGACGUGUACCUAUGAUGAAAAUUACAGGCCUCUCUCAUCUUUUUAAGUGGGAGAACUUGCACAAUUGGUGGCUGACUAAAUACUUUUUUUCCCCACUGUAUGUGAAUUCUGAAGGUAAUUGGUUGCACCAGAUUUUAUUUAGGGGCUUCAUAGCAAAGGGUGUGAAUACAUAUGCACGCACCACUUUUCCGUUAUUUAUUUUUUGAAACAAGUUAUUUUUUUCAUUUCACUUCACCAAUUUGGACUAUUUUGUGUAUGUCCAUUACAUGAAAUCCAAAUAAAAAUAAAUUUAAAUUACAGGUUGUAAUGCAACAAAAUAGGAAAAACGCCAAGGGGGAUGAAUACUUUUUGCAAGGCACUGUAGAGAGUGAAAGGUUGCCCUUAUGUUAAGAUCAGGGCUGUGUUCCAUUGGAUUUAGAUUGAUAAGCCAGCAGCAUUUCUGUGUGGCUCAGCUGAUAAGGGCUACUCUCACUGUCAAGUCCAAUGCUUGUGUGCUCAGCCUCUGCCAUACAAACAUGUAACAACUGAUUUGUAACAACAUACAGUAAACACUUCUGUUCAAAAAUAGGUUGCAUCAGUGUUAGUAUGAAUAUAGCACUUGAACUGGAAAUUCAGCUGCUCCACUCCAUGGAAACCAAGCCAAACAGAGCAGCUGUGUGAUUGAAGGUGAGAGAGUACAGAGUAGGCUAUGACUAACAGCAGAUGUAUGAGAGAGGCGCUGCUGUAUAUCUAGCUACUGAAAGGUUCUGAUUAAUAAUGUGUGACAGAUACACAAGUAAGGGUGUGACUAAUGUCUGUGGCAUGCCAGAUUACUGUACAUACCAGUCCCCCAUAGAGGUCGGAAGCCAAAAAGUGAUUAAACCGAUGUUGCUUGGCUAUCUGGGUCAAGUGCCUGGGAUGCUCACUGUAAAGUCCUAAAAUUUAAUGUAAAUGUAUUCUGCUACAUGUAGUGGUUAUGUCAGACUGUGUGAGUAUAAAUGACCGUUACUGUUUACAUCAUUCUGGGUUGGAGAGCUGGAGAAAAAAACUAAUGGUGACAGUACUCAACAACAGUGAACUGUUUUGUGUCCUCUUUCAUUGCGCAAGCAGCUUGUGUUAGUUCCUUGUUUGUAAGGCAUGUGCUGUGUUGUUGGGCUGUGUAUCUAUAGCAACCUCUGUUUGCUGCAACAGUAUUGUUAUUUAUGCAUAUACACCAGUGGAGGCUGCUGAGGGGAGGACGGCUCAUAAUAAUGGCUGGAAUGGAGUCAAUGGAAUGGUAUCAAACACAUCAAACAUGUGGUUUCUAUGUGGUUGAUACCAUUCCAUUGACUCCAUUCCAGCCAUUAUGAGCCAUCCUCCCCUCAGCAGCCUCCACUGAUAGACACACACAUGUACACACACUAAGUGUGUGUGUGAGUGAGUGAGUGAGUGAGGGAGAGAGAGAGAGAGAGCAAAGGCCCGAUCUCAAUCGUUGUUUGUGUAUUUCCUACAUUUUUUUGUUUUUCCUGUAGAGCUCGACACAGGAGAUCGGAGAGGAGGUGGAGAAGGGGGCAAUCUUCACCAUCACCCUGAGGAAAGUGCAGCUGCACCAGUCGGCUAGUAAGGGGCAGCGAUGGCUGGGCAUGGAGACAGACUCUGCUCUCUGCCUGUAUGAGACAUGUAAAGUACGCACCAUUAAGGCUGGCACGCUGGAAAGGCUGGUGGAAUACAUGGUGUCUGCGUUCAGGGGCAAGGACUCCACCUACGUCACCAUCUUCCUCUGCACCUACCGCUCCUUCGCCACCACCAAGCAGGUGCUGGACCUCCUACUCAACAGGUACAGAGACGGUCAGCUAUGAAGCUAAAACCACACAUUCAUGUGUACACACAAACACACUAUACACAGUUUACGUGUAAGCUCCCUUUGUACAACGUUGUCCUUCAUGUCUUAGGUAUGCCAAACUUCAGAACCAACCUGGUAUAGACGUACACAGACACACUCAGGAGGACUACACAGAGCUCAGAAAGUAAGCAUCUGGGGAGACCAGAUUUUUUAUGGACAAUGAUUGCACAUGUGUACCACAGGUACUCUUCCCUCUCUGUCAUCUGCACGUCUCCUCAUUCCCUGCCUCUUCCCUCUGGGUUGUGUCUUGCAGCACUGUGUCGUCCAUCCUGGGGGCUUGGCUGGACCAGUACUCAGAGGACUUCUGGAGUCCUCCACAGUAUAGCUGUCUACACCACCUGAUGUCCUACCUGCACCAACACUUCCCUGGCUCUGACCUGGAGCGCCGUGCACUCAACCUGUUGGACCUCUUCCACCACAGGCAUCGGUGUGAGCCGGACCUUGAUGGUGAGAGCCAGUAUAGGGUUAAACUGGUGCUUGUCUGUGUCUCAGAGAUAUCAGGGAUGAUGGGGAUGCUGAUGCUUAUUAAGGGCUGUGGUGAACUGGUAAUGUAGACGGUCAUUUAGGCAGUCUGAUUAUUAGCUCAUCUGUGUUUUCUUUACAGUGGAGCACAUUGGCUGUCCUUUCGCCACGCAGGAAGAGAGUGUCUUUGAGGAUGAGCUUCCUGCCCUGAACUUACUUUCCUUUGACCCCAUCAUGGUUGCCGAGCAGUUCACACUCAUGGAUGCGGUGAGACAUUCCCCUCUUAACUUCAACUUACUGCUCGAUUUCAAGUUACUUGAAUUUCAACUGCUUUGUGCUCACCCUUACUUACCCUUACAUUCUCUCUCCCUCCCCCCUGACCUCACCAUGUAGGAUCUGUUCAAGAAGGUGGUCCCCUACCACUGCCUGGGGGGCAUCUGGUCCCAGCGGGAUAAGAAGGGGAAGGAGCACCUGGCCCCCACCAUUCGGGCCACAGUGGCUCAGUUCAACUGUGUCACCAACUGUGUCAUCAGCACCUGCCUGAGCAACCCCUGUCUGAAGCCCACACAGCGGGCCAGACUGGUGGAGCACUGGAUAGAGGUGGCCAGGGUAAGGCAUUAGACCCACUCUCUGGCUCAAUCACUCAACAGUUAGUUUCAGUUGUAGGUCAUUGGUCAUGUCUGUUUUUCUUUCUGUUGUGUUUAGGAAUGUCGGAUCCUCAAGAACUUCUCGUCUCUGCGAGCUAUCCUCUCUGCCCUGCAGUGUAACUCUCUCCACCGACUCAAGAGGACCUGGGAUGAGGUGUCCAGGUGAGACAGGGGAUCAGCGACAGAGGGGUAACAGUUGGAUGGGGUGGAGGGUUUACUAUUAGAUUAUAAAUUGAACCAGGGGUUUUUUAUGGUCAAGUUCCUCAACCACCAAGAAAAACAUAAUUAGUGACAUGGGUCUAUGGUUGGGUUGAUGGUAGAGGUUAAAAUGUAAUUGUUAUUUUGAGUUUUUUUGCAGUUUAGGUUUGUCUUUGCCACUGAGAUGUCAGGUUCAUCUUUUGACCUAUUUGACUUAUUCUGCCAACAGAGAGAAUUUCCGCACCUUCCGUGAGCUGUCAGAAAUCUUCUCAGAUGACAACAACUACUCUCUAAGCCGAGAGCUGCUGGUCAAGGUGGGUCAAGGAUCAUAGGGAAAAACGUGGAUGUAGAGGCGAUUGUGUGCAUAAAUGACCUGAAGGUUACUCAGCACCUAGUAGAUCUUUUAGGUUAUGAACAGCAUUUAAAAACAGGAUGUGGUUGUGUCAAAAGUGGGUUUUGACAACUAAGUAGUUGACAGGAAAUAUGGCUGGCUGACCCAUUACUGCUCUAUUGGCCCUCAUCUCUAUCUCUAGAGCUGGGUCUCCAUAGCAACCUGAAAAUAAAUAGACAAACUAGCUAAAACCUUGUCUCAUCUCAGUUGCUAGCUCAUUUAUCAUGAGUUGUACAACACAGUAUAGAAUCUUACCUUGUAGUGUUCUCUCUAAAAUGUAUCAGAUCCACCAGUGCAAGUAUCAGUGUGUUUGUGUUUCGAGAGGACUUGAUAUGUGUAACCGCAUGCCUGGAGAAGAAGAGCGUGUCACCAGCGUUGUAGGCUGUGGCAGUAGUCAUUAAUAUUUUACUCUUUCAACAUGAGGUUCAGUGCUUCUACCAGGACUAGAGGCAGAUCAGAUUCUCUUUGAUGAAGCCCACAGAGGAUUAGAUAGCGAACAACAUGUUCAGUUAUAUCUGAAUCCUCCAAGAUAAACAUAUUUAGUCUGCUCACCUGAAUACAUUCCUGCACAAAGAAAUAGGAAGUGCCCUCGCCAUUGUUAUGCCUAUUUAGCAUAAGUUACUCUUUAACUGCCAGCAUAUUCUUUCACUGGUGAAAUUGUGAAAUUGCUUUGAUGUCAUGAUACGAAGCAAUUAUGAUUGGAAAAAGCAGAGGUUUUCUCCAAAACGUAUGGCUAUCCUAGGCUAUUAGACGUGUAUAUGAAUUGGCCCUAACAUUGAAGCCUGGGGUGCUUGCCGACGUACUUAUACAUUGGCUGUGAAUUGACGGAGGAAACCUGUGCCUUCUCAGAGGAAAUCCCUGCUGACGUCAUAGGCAGUUGGCAGGUACAGAUAAGAGCCCACCCUAAUGAUGCAUGAGCCUGUAAGGGAUAUCCCAAGGCGUUGUCCUGCUUACCUCUGCUCCCACUUACCACUACUGCUCUAUCUACAGUUGAAGUCGGAAGUUUACAUACACCUUAGCCAAAUACAUUUAAACUCAGUUUUUCACAAUUUCUGACAUUUAAUCCUAGUAAAAAUUCCCUCUCUCAGGUCAGUUAGGAUCACCACUUUAUUUUAAGAAUGUGAAAUGUCAGAAUAAUAGUAGAGAGAAUUAUUUAUUUCAGCUUUUAUUUCUUUCAUCACAUUCCCAGUGGGUCAGAAGUUUACAUACACUCAAUUGGUAUUUGGCAGCAUUGCCUAUAAAUUGUUUAACUUGGGUCAAACGUUUCGGGUAGCCUUCCACAAGCUUCCCACAAUAAGUUGGGUGAAUUUUGGCCCAUUCCUCCUGACAGAGCUGGUGUAACUGAGUCAGGUUUGUAGGCCUCCUUGCUCGCACACACCAUUUCAGUUCUGCCCACACAUUUUCUAUAGGAUUGAGGUCAGGGCUUUGUGAUGGCCACUCCAAUACCUUGACUAUGUUGUCCUUAAGCCAUUUUGCCACAACUUUGGAAGUAUGCUUGGGGUCAUUGUCCAUUUGGAAGACCCAUUUGCGACCAAGCUUUAACUUCCUGACUGAUGUCUUGAGAUGUUGCUUCAAUAUAUCCACAUAAUUGUCCUUCCUCAUGAUGCCAUCUAUUUUGUGAAGUGAACCAGUCCCUCCUGCAGCAAAGCACCCCCACAGCAUGAUGCUGCCACCCCCAUGCUUCACGGUUGGGAUGGUGUUCUUCGGCUUGCAAGCACAUCCCCGUUUCUCCUCCAAACAUAACGAUGGUCAUUAUGGCCAAACAGUUAUAUUUUUGUUUCAUUAGACCAGAGGACAUUUCUCCAAAAAGUACGAUCUUUGUCCCCAUGUGCAGUUGCAAACCGUAGUCUGGCUUUUUUAUGGCGGUUUUGGAGCAGUGGCUUCUUCCUUGCUGAGCGGCCUUUCAGGUUAUGUCGAUAUAGGACUAGUUUUACUGUUGAUAUAGAUACUUUUGUACCUGUUUCCUCCAGCAUCUUCACAAGGUCCUUUGCUGUUGUUCUGGGAUUGAUUUGCACUUUUCGCACCAAAGUACGUUCAUCUCUAGGAGGCAGAAUGCGUCUCCUUCCUGAGCGGUAUGACGGCUGCGUGGUCCCAUGGUGUUUAUACUUGCGUACUAUUGUUUGUACAGAUGAACGUGGUACCUUCAGGCAUUUGAAAAUUGCUCCCAAGGAUGAACCAGACUUGUGGAGGUCCACAAUUCUUUUUCUGAGGUCUUGGCUGAUUUCUUUAGAUUUUCCCAUGAUGUCAAGCAAAGAGGCACUGAGUUUGAAGGUAGGCCUUGAAAUACAUCCACAGGUACACCUCCAAUUGACUCAAAUGAUGUCAAUUAGCCUAUCAGAAGCUUCUAAAGCCAUGACAUCAUUUCCUGGAAUUUUCCGAGCAGUUUAAAGGCACAGUCAAUUUAGGGAAUGUAACUUCUGACCCACUGGAAUUGUGAUACAGUGAAUUAUAAGUGAAAUAAUCUGUCUGUAAACAAUUGUUGGAAAGAUUACUUGUGUCAUGCACAAAGUAGAUGUCCUAACCGACUUGCCAAAACUAUAGUUUGCUAACAAGAAACUUGUGGAGUGGUUAAAAAACUAGUUUUAAUGAUUCCAACCUAAGUGUAUGUAAACUUCCGACUUCGACUGUAUAUGGGCCAGCCCAACCAGGCCUGUGUAGGAUUGCAAGCUCUGAUUACAUAAGGUGAAGAAUCCCUCUGGUUUGCAUCAGUCACAGAAACAUGAGAGCUAACUCAGCAGUGCCCAUACUGCACCCUCUCAUACAUUUGUGAAUUAGUUAAGCCCCGUCUACUCUUCUGAAAUUGUAAUCAUGGCCAUUACCAGUUGUUUCCUAUCUGGUUUUUGCACUGUUCUAGGCAAUUUUGUAAAACCAGAUUCUCCUCUCUCUCUCUCUCUGCAGGAGGGCACCUCCAAAUUUGCCACCCUGGAGAUGAACCCUAAACGAGCACAGAGGGGACACCAACAGCAGAGAGACUUGGUGAGUCUAUAUGUUUUUUUUUAACAUGAAAUACCAAUGUCAACCACUUUAUGCUGUUAUUGUGUUCAUAGCGCCAUCUAGUGGUAAUAUGAGUGAAAUUGCUCCUGUGGUCACUUCCCUCUCAUAACUCCUCUCUCUGACUCUGUCUCUGUCCCAGGGGGUGAUGCAGGGGACCAUUCCUUACCUGGGCACCUUCCUCACUGACCUGGUCAUGAUGGACACGGCUAUGAAAGACUUCACAGAGGUGAGAGUCUAUCUCUAGCUAUCUCUGGAUCCUGUAGCCUCUUCAGUCUACUUGUUUAGUCUGUUUAUAGCAACAUGAAAAGAUGCCCACAUCUUAUUGUUAUUUGUUUUCUAUUCCAGAGUGGACUCAUCAACUUUGAGAAGCGACGAAAGGUAAAUUCAAUUCAUAUGUGCCUCUAAUAAAUAGGUGUUGAUAAACAGGGAGACACCCCGGCAUUAUGGUUGUGACCCAUCAGAGGUGACUGGCAGAGACUCACCCCCCCCCCCCCCCCCCGCUCUCUCUCUCUCUGCAGGAGUUUGAGGUGAUAGCUCAGAUUAAGCUGCUGCAGCUGGCGUCAAACAACUACAGUUUCACCCAGGACAGCCUCUUCAGGGAUUGGUUCUCAGAAGUGGAGAGACUCAGUGAGGCAGAGAGGUGAGGAGAGGCCUAAGGAUUUUGAUGAAAUGUAAAUUAAAAUAAUGAAAUGUAUAUGGGCAUACAGUGUUGUCAUUUCCAUGUCUUUUGUUCACAGCUACACUCUGUCCUGUGAGAUUGAACCGCUGUCAGAGUCCGCCAGCAACACUCUCAGAGCCAAGAAGAACGGGGGCAUCAUGAAACGCUGGAGCGAGUAAGUCCCAUAUUUUAUAAACAACUUUUCACACUAUCCCUAAAUGUAUUAUAUACUGAACAUAAAUAUAAACGCAACAUGUAAAGUGUUGGUCCCAUGUUUCAUGAGCUGAAAUAAAAUAUCACAGAAAUGUUCCAUACAAACAAAAAGCUUAUUUCUCUCAAGUGUUGUACACACAUUUGUUUACAUCCCUGGUAGUGAGCAUUUCUCCUUUGCCAAGAUAAUUAAUCCACCUGACAGGUGUGGCAUAUCAAGAAGCUGAUUAAACAGCAUGAUCAUUACACAGGUGCAGUUUUGUCACACAACACAAUGCCACAGAUGUGUCAAGUUUUGAGGGAGCGUGCAAUUGGCAUGCUGAUUGCACUAAUGUUCACCAGAGCUGUUACCAGUUAAUUGAAUGUUCAUUUCUCUACCAUAAACCGCCUCCAACGUCGUUUUAGAGAAUUUCGCAGUACGUCCAACUGGCCUCACAACCCCAGACCAAGUGUAACCAUGCCAGCCCAGGACCUUCACAUCCGGCUUCUUCACCUGCGGGAUCGUCUGAGACCAGCCAUCCGGACAGCUGAUGAAACUGUGGGUUUGCACAACCGAAAUAUGUCUGCACAAACUGUCAAAAAUGGUCUCUGGAAGCUCAUCUGUGUGCUCGUUGUCCUCACCAGGGUCUUGACCUGACUGCAGUUCGGCGUCGUAACCGACUUUCAGUGGGCAAAUGCUCACCUUUAAUGGCCACUGGCAUGCUGUAGAAGUGUGCUCUUCACGGAUGAAUGCCAGUUUCAACUGUACUGGGUAGAUGGCAGACAGCAUGUAUGGCGUCAUGUGGGCGAGCGGUUUGCUGAUGUUAAUGUUGUGAACAGAGUACCCCAUGGUGGCGGUGGGGUUAUGGUAUGGGCAGGCAGGCAUAAGCUACAGAAAUCGAACACAAUUGCAUUUGAUCAAUGGCAAUUUGAAUGCACAGAGAUACCGUGAUGAGAUCCUGAGGCCCAUUGUCGUGCAAUUCAUCCGCAGCCAUCACCUCAUUUUUUAGCAUGAUACUGCACGGCCCCAUGUCGCAAGGAUCUUUGUACACAAUUCCUGGAAGCUGAAAAUGUCCCAGUUUUUGCAUGUUUGGGAUGCUAUGGAUCGACAUGUACAACAGCGUGUUCCAGUUCCCGCCAAUAUCCAGCAACUUCACAGCCAUUGAAGAGGAGUGGGACAACAUUCCCCAGGCCACAAUCAACAGCCUGAUCAACUCUAUGCGAAGUAGAUGUGUCACGCAGCAUGAGGCAAAUGGUGGUCACACCAGAUACUGACUGGUUUUCUGAUGCACACCCCUACCUUUUUUUAAAGGUAUCUGUGACUAACAAAUGCGUAUCUGCAUUCCCAGUCAUGUGAAAUCCAGAGAUUAGGGCCUAAUUAUUUUUAUUUCAAUUGUAUGAUUUCCUUAUAUGAACUGUAACUCAGUAAAAUCUUAGAAAUUGUUGCAUGUUGCGUUUAUAUUUUUGUUCAGUGUAGUUGACAUUUUUAUUUUUAGCAUACAUCCUUACCCGGUGUGUUUUCCAUUGUGUACAGUCUGAUGUUUUUAGAGGCCCCAUUCUCAUACAUCUCUGUGUUUUCCUCCAUCUCCAGUCGCCAGUUAACUGAGGCCAGCUGCAGCAGUGCAGGAAGCUCCCACUCCAAGUCGUUUGACCAGUCCCACUUCAGGCCGUACCAGGGAGGGGGAGUUGAUAGUGGGGACACCGUCAGCGUCACCUCAGCCGGCUCCAGCGGCUCUGACCUGGAGGAUAUCAACGCCAGCUUCCUGUCCGACUCACCGGACGCCCACGAGAGAAAGGUGAGGAGAACAAUCCCACCAGAUGCAGAGGCAUCUCAUCAUGCCACACACAUCCAUCUUGAUUUUUUUCUGAGAUACUGAAAUUACAGCAUCGCUGCAGCAAUUUCAGUCCAGACAUCAUCAUGUCUUUGAAUUAAUCUUCUAUAAUGAUUAAGGGCCAUGAGAAUUGACACUGCCCCAUGUACUUACUUUACCGGUCUGACUUUUGGCUAACUGUGGCUCUGAUUCCUGCUAUAGACCUCUACAUCCUCAGUAAAACAUUCCGUCUCUGCUUUGGGGAAAGAGUGCCAAACUCCUGAUCCCAACUUCACGGUACUUCCACUCACUAGCCUUUUCUUUCUAACCCUCUCACUCUAACACUAGGGGUUUUCUUCUUUUCUAACCUCCUUUCUCACUACAGACAUUACUUCUCAGCUUCUCAUCCUCAUCAUCUUCAUACAUACGACUCAUACCUUCACAUUUCACAUUUUAUUUGUUUAUUGCAGCAUGCCACUCUGCAACAGAAGCUUGUUCUGUGGAUUGUAAAUGGUUGUAAUCAAUCUCUCUAUCUUUUUCUCUAGUUUUGGGAGUCCACUUCCCUGUCAUCUCUAGACACAUCAGGGAUGGGUUCUGGUUCAGGCUCCAGCAGCGCUUCAUCCUCCUCUGUGUCCUCCUCCACUCCUCUCCCAGGCGCCUCCCGCUCCCACAAGCGCUCAGUCUCAGCCGUAUCCUGCUACUCCACCCUUUCCCUGCCCCGCUACAACCAGCAGGUGGAUGACUGCUGCAUCAUCAGAGUCAGCCUGGACGUGGACAACGGCAACAUGUACAAGAGCAUCCUGGUAAGACAAAGGAGGAGGAGCAGGAGAGAGUUAUUAUAGAUUGAUAGAUCCAUUUCUUGUGAAAUGUUUUUGUUGUGGAAAAUUAAUUGUUAGCAGAGAGCGGUUGAUUCAAUUAACAAUGUCUGAGCCAGAGAAGAGAUUUCAGGCAAAUCAGUUUUAAAUGUCAAUUAAAAAUGUAUUCUUUAUCUCCUGGUGCAGGUGACCAGUCAGGACAAGAUGCCAGCAGUCAUCAGGAAAGCCAUGGUGAAACACAACCUGGAGCAAGAGAAAGCUGAGGACUAUGAGCUGAUGCAGAAAAUCUCUGAAGAAAAAGGUAAUAUAAUAAUUUACCAAAAAAAGAUGUUAAAGGCCCAGUGCAGUCAAAAACGUGAUUUUCCUGUGUUUUAUAUAUAUCUCCACAAUAUGAGGUUGAAAUAAUACUGUGAAAUUGUGAAAAUGAUAAUAAUGGCCAUUUAGUGUAAGAGCUGGUUGAAAAUAAAAUUUCUGCCUGUUUUGGUGGGAUGGAGUUUUGGCCUGCCUGGUGACAUCAGUUAAUCGAUCAAUAGAAAAAGAGUUCCAAACUGCUCUGCCAAUAACAGCUGGUUUUCUGUUUUCCACCUCCCCACUCAGACCACUCCCAGACAGUCCUAGCAAAAAUCUUCCUUGAGAAAUGUCUCUUUGCUAAGAAGCUUUUUUUGUUUCUUUUUGACCAUUUUAAUUGAAAACGAUCACAGUACUUAAUUGCUAUCCAUUCUUAAGAAACAAAAUAUGAUUUUCUUGCGAACUUCUCAAAUAUCUUCUUACAAAUCUUCUUCAGAUGUUUGUUGCUAGGCAACCGUUUUAGCUUGCGAUCUAGCUAGCAAUGGCAAUCAUGUUAGCAUAUUUCUUACUGAGAUUACUGUUCUAAAACAUGUUCUUGGGUUUAAAAUAAUCAAUACUGAAACUUUCAGAUGAAGUUUGUGAGUGAAUUAAACAGUUUCAAUUGCUUUUAUGAGCUUUUUCUCUCACUGCCUUGAGUUUAAGACAAGGGUUUAGCUAUCUUGGAAUUAAGAACAUUUCCAAUAACUUUAUUUUCAAGAAUCUAAUUUCUUCUUAACUUUUUGCUUAAGGAGAAACAUAAGAAAUAGCGCAAGAAAAUGUCCAAUAACCUUUUUGAGGAAUAGCAACUUUGCUUAACUUUCUUCUUAAAUCUACAAUUAAGGAACAAAUGGUAGUUAAGAAGAAAUGUCUUCUUAAGAAGGUUUUUUGAAUCUGGGCCCUGGUCCCUAAGACCUCGACUCAACCUGCUGAGCUACCGUUCAGGUUACACUUCAAUAAAAAAUCCUAACUACAUUGUAAGUACAGUGUUCAGUAGAGGUCGGUGUUUGAAAGCAGCUUGGAAUCGAAGAAAGCACUGGAACCACGGCGAAAUCAGUGGGAUCUCGAUUUUUGCAAAGCACGGUUAGAAAAAUCCUGUGAUAAAAAACUUUGGACGUCGUUGAUCACAUGAUGAUGUUACUUUGAAAUGAGCAUCAGACAUUGUGUCGGAUCAAUAGUGCCACAGAUAGAACAAUGAGACAGAUAUUUCACAUGAUGUAUAAAUGUGAAGCAUCCGCUUGGCGUUUCCAUUCACUACCAAAUAUGGUAGUGAGAGGAAGCCCAGUGGCCGGCAGUGGGAGAAGAUGGAACGAGAUGGAUUUUGGCCGACAUUCUGCUAAUUUUCUCAUCGAUUAAACAUUUAAUCUCAAUACAGUUUUCAGUUCCCAAAACUAAAGUCAAUAACAAAAGUUUCUCAAUACUUUGUUAUAUACCCUUUGUUGGCAAUGACACAGGUCAAACGUUUUCUGUAAGUCUUCACAAGGUUUUCACACACUGUUGCUGGUAUUUUGGCCCAUUCCUCCAUGCAGAUCUCCUCUAGAGCAGUGAUGUUUUGGGGCUGUCGCUGGGCAACACAGACUUUCAACUCCCUCCAAAGAUUUUCUAUGGGGUUGAGAUCUGGAGACUGGCUAGGCCACUCCAGGACCUUGAAAUGCUUCUUACGAAGCCACUCCUUCGUUGCCCGGGCGGUGUGUUUGGGAUCAUUGUCAUGCUGAAAGACCCAGCCACGUUUCAUCUUCAAUGCCCUUGCUGAUGGAAGGAGGGUUUCACUCAAAAUCUCACGAUACAUGGCCCCAUUCAUUCUUUCCUUUACACGGAUCAGUCGUCCUGGUCCCUUUGCAGAAAAACAGCCCCAAAGCAUGAUGUUUCCAACCCCAUGCUUCACAGUAGGUAUGGUGUUCUUUGGAUGCAACUCAGCAUUCUUUGUCCUCCAAACAUGACGAGUUGAGUUUUUACCAAAAAGUUCUAUUUUGGUUUCAUCUGACCAUAUGACAUUCUCCCAAUCCUCUUCUGGAUCAUCCAAAUGCACUUCAGACGGGCCUGGACAUGUACUGACUUAAGCAGGGGGACACGUCUCGCACUGCAGGAUUUGAGUCCCUGGCGGCGUAGUGUGUUACUGAUGGUUGGCUUUGUUACUUUGGUCCCAGCUCUCUACAGGUCAUUCACUAGGUCCCCCCGUGUGGUUCUGGGAUUUUUGCUCACCGUUCUUGUGAUCAUUUUGACCCCACGGGGUGAGAUCUUGCGUGGAGCCCCAGAUCGAGGGAGAUUAUCAGUGGUCUUGUAUGUCUUCCAUUUCCUAAUAAUUGCUCCCACAGUUGAUUUCUUCAAACCAAGCUGCUUACCUAUUGCAGAUUCAGUCUUCCCAGCCUGGUGCAGGUCUACAAUUUUGUUUUUGGUGUCCUUUGACAGCUCUUUGGUCUUGGCCAUUGUGAAGUUUGGAGUGUGACUGUUUGAGGUUGUGGACAGGUGUAUUUUAUACUGAUAACAAGUUCAAACAGGUGCCAUUAAUACAGGUAACGAGUGGAGGACAGAGGAGCCUCUGAAAGAAGAAGUUACAGGUCUGUGAGAGCCAGAAAUCUUGCUUGUUUGUAGGUGACCAAAUACUUAUUUUCCACCAUAAUUUGCAAAUAAAUUCAUUAAAAAUCCUACAAUGGGAUUUUCUGGAUUUUUUUUCCUCAAUUUGUCUGUCAUAGUUGACGUGUACCUAUGAUGAAAAUUACAGGCCUCUCUCAUCUUUUUAAGUGGGAGAACUUGCACAAUUGGUGGCUGACUAAAUACUUUUUUUCCCCACUGUAUGUAACGAACAGAGUGGACUAAGUUUUGUAGACUUUACCCUUUGCCAAAGUUUUAAAAAAUUGCAUUGUUUAGGAGUGCAAAGGCGAAUUGAGUUAUUGCACACGCGCACUUCAAAGUAGGCGUUCCCUAACUGAAAUAUGCAAAUUUAUGCUAGAACGCACCAAUAGGAUCUCGCUUACUCAUGCUUGGCUCUGCCUACCUCCUUGCUUGUUCUGCCCACUAUGACUCAUUUGUUCCCGUUUGAAACUAAGGGCUGUGGUCUAUCUUGGUUUAGUUAUAAAAAAUCUUUGAUAGUGCUUUGAAAACUGCAUCGGAGCUCCGGUAUCAAUCGACCCAUUACGACAGAAAUGAUUUGAUAUUGAGAUAAAAACGUCUGCAUUGGACUUUUUCAUAUUUCGUUGUCACCCAUAUAAUACUUUUCAUUAUCAUUCAAACAGUUUGUCAUUAAUAGUAUAUCAAUUUGUUGUUCUUACAACUGCCACACUUAUCCAUCCAUCUUGUAUAGUGUGCUAACUUAUUCAUUACUUACCUGGAAAACAAAUGUUUUUACUAACAAUAUAUACACCUCUCCUCUCACCCUAUAGAGCUGCGGAUCCCAGACAAUGCCAACGUUUUCUAUGCCAUGAACUCUACCGCCAACUAUGACUUUGUGCUGAAGAAACGUAGCUUGGCCAAGACAGGCCGGGUCAAGAGUGUAGCCAGCUCUACGCUGCCCCGCAUGAAGCAGAAGGGCCAUAAAAUUGCCAAAGGGUUCUUCUGAGGGCGAGUGUCCCAGCUCUCUGUCAGUCUGCUGUAUUAAGGCCCUCUAAAUCCACCAUAACUAAAGGAUCUGAGAACUACACUAGAGAUGGAGCCUAGUGUAAAACAAGAACUGUCUGCAUGCAUCAUAAGCAGGCAGCAAAGCAGGAGAAGCACUUACCGGUAUCAACAAAAUUGUGUCCAGACCAGGACUCUCCAGACAAGCCUGAAACGACUGAUGUCUUCUUGGCUCAGGCCUUGAUUAUUGGGAGCUUAACAAUGUGUUGUCCCUAGCCCUUCGUGCCUGAGUUUGUGUCAAUGGUGUUUACAGAUAUAUGUGGAAUAUCUGGUCAUGUUACACACUCUCUGACUCUGUGAUGAUAAGAGGGGUGUUAGUAAAUAUAGUUAACAGGAGCGCAAGGAAGGAACGUACAGAAAACAAAAGUGGCCUGGUGUGCUAUCCCGGU